AAAUUAAAACUAAAUAAGGAAAACAGAAAAACUGUAAAAUAUAUAUGUAUAUACAUGUAUAUAUCUGUUUAAAAGCCUCGGUCCAGUCUACUUGGGCACACUGGGAUUCCGCGUGGCAGAAGGCUUAGGUCUGAGUCUCAGUCCUGGCGCCUCUCGUCCUGUCUCUGACCUUGGGCAAGUCACUUAUCCUCCGAACCUUCCUCUCCUCACCUGUAAAAUGGAGUGUCUGAGGACUACGCGAGGUAAUCUGUGUAGAGUCCCUGGCAGAGGCUAACUGCCCCGAAGGUGAUGACGAUGGCUCAGAGAGGGACAGUGACUUGCCUGGAGGUACACAGCACCCUCUCUCAUACUCAGUCCCUCAUGAUUUCAUUGGUUCAUCAGGCACCCGCUCCGUGGCCAACAGCACACUGGGGACCUCGGAUGGACACUGCUAUGGAAGCCAACCUGGGUGCCGCUGGCCACGGGCCCCGCACGGAGCCGGACGAUGAAGACGACUACCCCCAGGGUGGCUGGGACACGGUCUUCCUGGUGGCCCUUCUGCUCCUGGGGCUGCCAGCCAAUGGGCUCAUGGCAUGGCUGGCCGGCUCACAGGCCCGGCAGGGAGCGGGCACGCGGCUCGCCCUGCUGCUGCUCAGCCUGGCCCUCUCUGAUUUUCUGUUCCUGGCGGCAGCGGCCUUCCAGAUCCUGGAGAUCCAGCACGGAGGCCACUGGCCGCUGGGGACGGCCGCCUGCCGCUUCUACUACUUCCUGUGGGGUGUGUCCUACUCCUCCGGCCUCUUCCUGCUGGCGGCCCUCAGCGUGGACCGCUGCCUGCUGGCCCUGUGCCCGCACUGGUACCCUGGGCGCCGCCCGGCCCGCCUGCCCCUCUGGGUCUGCGCCGGGGUCUGGGUGCUGGCCACGCUCUUCAGCGUGCCCUGGCUGGUCUUCCCCGAGGCCGCCGUCUGGUGGUACGACCUGGUCAUCUGCCUGGACUUCUGGGACGGCGAGGAGCUGCCGCUGAGGAUGCUCGAGAUCCUGGGGGGGUUCCUGCCUUUCCUCCUGCUUCUCGUCUGCCACGUGCUCACGCAGGCUGCUGCCUCCCGGACCUGCCGCCGCCGCCGGCCAAGGCCCACGGCCUGCCGGGGCUUCGCCCGUGUGGCCAAGGCCAUUCUGUCAGCCUACGUGGUCUUGCGGCUGCCCUACCACCUGGCGCAGCUGCUGUACCUGGCCUUCCUGUGGGACGUCUACCCCGGCUACCUGCUCUGGGAAGCGCUGGUCUACUCCGACUACCUGACCCUGCUCAACAGCUGCCUCAGUCCCUUCCUCUGCCUCCUGGCCAGCGCCGACCUCCGGGCCCUGCUGCGCGCCGUCCUCUCCUCCUUCGCGGCAGCUCUCUGUGAAGAACGGCCUGGAAGCUUCACGCCAGCGGAGCCACAGACCCAAGUGGACUCUGGGAGUCAGACUCUUCCUGGACCAGUGGCUGGGGCCCAGCCCCAGGUGAACCCCGUAGCACAGCCACGGUCGGACGCUGUGUCCCAGCCUCGGGGGAACCCCGCGGCACAGCCACGGUCGGAUUCAGUGGCCCAGCCACAGGCAGAGCCCACAGCACAGCCACGGUCGGAUUCAGUGGCCCAGCCACAGGCAGAUUUUGUGAUGCAGCCUCAGCUGAACGCCUCAGUUCGGCCACAGGUGAACCUUGAGUCCCAGCCCCAUUUGGACUUUGUGGCCCAGCCACAAGUGAGCCCCGAGACCCCCGGACCUGCCUCCAGCCCAGCUCUCAGCCCCUGUGAUGAAGCGUCUUCUGCCCCAUCCGCGGAUCCCACCCCGGAGGCCCCUGAGAACCCAGCGGUGCCUGCUGACUCCGAGGGAGAAAGUCCCAGCAGCGUCCCCCCAGAGGAAGCCCCUGGAGCGGGCCCCACCUGAGGGUCUGGGAAAGCUCGGGCCCAUCAAGGCAGUGGAAGAGCCAGAGCCAGUCAGAGACGAGGGGAGCCAUGGAGGAAGUCAUCAAAGAAACCCCCCUCAAGUCCCUUGGGGCUGGCAGGAGGACUUGGGGGAAGUGAAAAUGAAGCACCAAAAGUCCCAGGCAGUUUGUCGUGAUCGUCUCGUCCCUACCCAGGUCCCCCUCAGUUUCUCCCUGGUUGGCCCCCCCCCCCACAGUAGCCCAACAGUCACAGCCGACAGGGUGCUGCUGGGCUCUGUCCUCCAGCACCCCUGGACCGCACUGCCCACCUCCCCCCCAAGCCUCAGUCCUGCGGGAGAAAGACAGCAGGGGUGACUUCCCUGAGCUUGUGCCGAUCUCCCCGGAAUCCUUCCUCCACCCUCUCCUCCCUGUCUCACCCUCUAACUCGGGCGUGAGGAGGAUGAAGGAAGAAAUCUCUGCAGAAAAGGAGGCAUUUAAGAGCCAAAAGGAACCUGGGGUCCUGGGAGCCCACGCAGGCUGGCCGAGCCCUGUCCACCAGCCCCCUGCCCCCCACAGGCAGCGAGCCUGGCGCGGGACCUCCCUCAGCAAGGCAGCGGGAGCGGAGGCGAUGAGAGCCACCGAGCCCGGAUUCAAAUCGGGCUCCGGUGACGGCAGGAGCCUGGCACACAGCAGGGGCUCAGUGAACAAAUGUUCUCCAUUCGCCGGCAUCCAGGGAAGUCCCUGCAGGGGCUGGAGAUGGAGGAGAGGAGGCGCCACCUUGGCCUGGGCAUCUGGGGUCUUGUGAGC